AUGAGCGGAGGCGGGGAGCCGCCAGCGGGCGGGGGGGCGGCGGCGGAGAGCGGCUCGGAGGGCGGCGGAGGCCCCACCUGCAAGAUCUGCCUCCAGGACGCCGAGCAGGGGGAAUUGUUGAAUCCCUGUCGCUGUGAUGGCUCCGUGCGCUACACACAUCAGCUUUGCCUGUUGAAAUGGAUCAGUGAAAGAGGGUCCUGGACCUGUGAACUCUGCUGUUACAGAUACCAGGUCACAGCCAUUAAAAUGAAAAAGCCAUGCCAGUGGCAAAGCAUUACCGUCUCCCUGGUUGAGAAAGUGCAGAUGAUUGCUGUCAUUUUAGGAACCCUGUUCUUAGUAGCCAGUGUGACAUGGCUGCUGUGGUCUGCCUUCAGCCCUUAUGCUGUAUGGCAAAGGAAAGACAUCCUUUUCCAGAUCUGCUAUGGAAUGUAUGGGUUUAUGGAUCUAGUGUGUAUAGGCCUGAUUGUACGUGAAGGUGCCUCAGUAUGCAGAGUCUUUAAGCGCUGGAGAGCUGUCAAUCUACAUUGGGAUGUGCUGAAUUAUGACAAAGCGACUGACCUCGAAGAGAGCAACCCAGGAGAGUCCUCUGCAGCGAGGACUUUGUGGUUACCACUAAAUGCAUUUCGAAACAGGAGUCUGGUCCAUCCAACACAGUUAACCUCCCCACGAUUUCAGUGCAGCUACGUCUUGCUACAUCUCUUCAGUCGAAUGAGACCUCAGGAAGAUUCUGUGGAAGAUGACAGCUCGGGAGAAAUUGUCAUGAGAGUGACUUCUGUGUAACCAUUCUGGUUGCGGUGCUCUGCACACAAAGUGUUUUCAGAACUCCCUUACAAGUAUUCUAGAAUGUAGUUAAAUGGAAAGGUGAAACCAUAGCACAUAAAAGUGUAUAAACUUUUUAAAUUUUGUUUUUAUAAGAUCAGUUAAAUUGCAAAUACAUUUUCCUGGAAAAGGUCUCUUUCUUUU